GUGGUUAGCGUCUAGUUUUUUUUUUCUUUUUCCUUUUUCAUGUUGGCAUCUAUGUAGUGACUUGUUCCUAAACUUUUUCCCACCGUCCUCUCAGAAAACUCUUUAACAGAUUCUUUUCUUUUUCUUUCCCAUAACACAAUAGAGAUGCAAGAAAGACGGGGAAUGAUGUUUUAUCGAAUGUUGGAGAAAUCAUUUCAUUCAAAGAGACACCGUCUAUGGUUUCCACCCCUUACAUCCGUUGAUCUUCCUGACAUUUGGAUUCCCAACAAGGAUACAUCCAUCAACACUAACUCAGCUAUUGAGCAAACAGCUAGAGUGCUCGAGGGAAAGCCGAUUGCAAACAAUAUAAACUCUCGGAUAGCAGCUGAAAUUUGUGAAAUGAAGAAUAGGAUUGGAAAAACUCCAGGUUUAGGUGUUAUCCUUGUGGGUGGAAGGAGGGAUUCUCAAUCUUUUGUCCAUAUUAAGAUGAAAGCUUGCGUGAAAGUUGGAAUAGCACCAUUCACCGUGGAACUUCCAGAGGAUUGCAGUGAAGCUGAAUUACUUGAUGCUGUUUCAAGUUUUAAUGAGAAUCCAUUAAUACAUGGUGUAAUGGUGCAGCUUCCUUUGCCAAAACACUUGGAUGACGAAAAGAUUAUAAGCUAUGUGAGUCCGGAGAAAGAUGUGGAUGGCUUCCAUCCGACCAAUAUGGGAAAUCUUGCCAUGCGGGGAAGGGAACCAUCAUUCAUCCCUUGUGCUUCAAAGAGUUGCAUUGAGUUACUGCUCAGGAAUGAUGUGGAAAUCAAAGCGAAAAAUGUAGUGGUGGUGGGGAGGAGCAAGCUUGUGGGGUCGCCCACUUCUUUGCUAAUGCAGAGGCACCAUGCAACAGUCACUACUGUGCAUGCAUUUACUGGGAAUCCAGAGCAAAUAACCCAUGGGGCUGACAUAUUGGUUUCAGAUAUUGGAGUUCCAAACAUGAUCCGAGGGCACUGGCUGAAACCAGGGGUUAUUGUUGUUGAUAUGGGUGCAAAUUCAGUUGAGGAUACUAGCAGUUUGCAGAGACAUCGCCUGGUUGGAGAUGUUUGCUAUGAGGAAGCCAUAGUGAAGGCCUCAGCUAUUACCCCUGUUCCCGGAGGUGUUGGACCCAUUACAAUCUCUAUGCUCCUUUCCAACACUAUUGAUGCUGCUAAGCGUACUUACAGGCACACCCAAUAAUUGGUUGCUUUUAAUUUUAAUCUACCAAUAUUGAGGACACCGUAUUGUUUCUAGCAGGAAACUCCCGAGGUAUGUGUUGGGUCCCACAUCGAGUAUGGGAAGGGAAUUUGAACUCUUUAUAUGGUCUUGAGCAAUCCUCACCUCUUGGGCUAGUUUUUGGUGUUAAGUUAGGCCCAAUAUCCAUUUCUUUAAUAGAAUGGAUCAUAACCACAAUCAUGUUCUGCAUUUCACUUUUCACAAUGUUGCUCGGACUUUUCAAAAUAAUCAACAGGUACGUGUCGUAUCCUACAGAGGAUCCUCCACGGUGUGACAACAUUUUUGAAGAGUCCGAGUGACAUAGCUCCCUAGAUAAUCUAAAUUUUGCAUACUCUUGCGACUGGUAAUGAAAUUUUCGUUUCUUCUUCCCCUUGUGUUCUGGGCAAAAGAGGAAAUGAGGGGUACAUAAGAGCCCAAAUUGACUUUCGAGAUUCUUUGAUGCAGUUCCAAGAUUUCUGUCAUGACCCGACUAGGGGCCGUGACGAGUACCCGGGGCUAACCACCGAGCACCACUCAUUCUAUUACUUAUCAUGCUCGUUAAGCGUACAUUCAUUAAUAUGAUGCUCAAAUCAUAGGAAAAACCGUUUUCCAUUUGGAAACAUAAUUACUUUUAUAUACAUAAGCCUCUCGGCUAUCAAAAUGAUAAUAUAGAUACAAUAGUAACAUCGUGAGACCAUACUACCCACACAUACGUAUCUACGAGCCUCUACUAGAGUACUAGACAUAUGUGGACGGGACAAGACCCCGUUGUGCCCAAAAUACAUAUACAUAUAUAUACACAAAAGGAUAAACCAAAUAGCACCUCCGGAAUAAUGGAGUGCUCCUGAAAAUCUGCUGGUAGCUCCUAUAGGUCUGCACCGUCUCCCUGUCUACCUGUGGGCAUGAACACAACGUCCAAAGAAAACGGACGUUAGUACGAACAUUGUACUGAGUAUGUAAGGCGUGAAUGAAAUGAACAUGAUAGAGAAAUCAUAAGUCAUAAGGUGAAGGCAAAACCUGCGUGACUUUUAAGGAUGGAUACAUUUCAUACAUAUAUCAUAUAUACAUAAUCAUAGUACAUGAAUCAUCAUAGCACAUACAUUAUUGUGUUAUAUAAUUCAUCAUCGUAGUACCGUAUCUGCUCAUACACAUAAAACAUUAUUCGUAUUCGGCCACGUAGUGGCUCAACAAUAUCACAUACAUAUCUUCCGUACCCGGCCAUAACAAGGCUCGGUAUAUCUCAUCAUCAUCAUUGCCUUCACAUACAUCUCAUAAGCUUAUCAUAACUUUCCAUAAGGCAUACAUUUGAAUUUAAAGACAAUCUAUGAAAAUCAUAUCAUAUUCGUAGCGUAAACUUCGUAUAAAUAUCGUAUGAUAGACUUUAUAAUCUCUAGACUUAGGCUCAUCAUUACCAUCCUCGCAUCUAUGGCAUAUCUCUUACCUUUAUCUCGUAUGAAAUCCUCUAUGAACAUAGACUCGUAAUUUUUCGGGACAUUGGUCAUAGGACGUGCAUUAGAGCUUAUAGACAAUCUAUAACAAUAUCGGGGUGACAUAAGGUCGAGAACCCCCGAUUACAUUAUGAAGUGACCAUAUUCAUCAUAUCUCACCUUGAAGGAACUGACAUUUUAAGGUGAGUGUACACCAUGAACAACAUCAAGGGAUCGUAAGUAAGAUCAUUAACUUCGUGAACAUCAUAUCUUGCUUUAGAAUAUCUAGACUUAAACUUAUCAUUAUUAUUAUCACAUUCAUGACAUAUUCCUCAUCUUUAUCUCAUAAGAAGAUCUUUAUCAAUGUUGACUCAUAGUUCCCGGAAUAUAAGAAAGUCAUGGAGAGGUAGGGGAAAUAAUAUCAUAGGAAUCAUAUAAGGAUCAUCAUCUUCGUAGAAAUGUCAUUCAUGAGCUUUAGAAUUUCUAGACUUAGAUUCAUCAUCAAUAUUGUCAUGCUAGUAACGUGUCUCUUUUCUUUAUCUUGUAUGAAGCUCUUUAUGAUCGUAGACUCAUAGUUUCCGCUAUGUAGGAAAAUCAUGGAAAGAUAGAAGGAUUCAUGCUAUAGGAGUCAUGCCUUAGAAAGAAGGGACUAGCCUUACAUACCUUUUCCUUUAGCUAUUCUACCGCUUGAUCGUUCUCCUUCAAUGCUCACGUCCUUACCUUCAAGGAGUUCGUAUUAACAUUAGUUAGACGAUUAUAAGAACGUGCUUUCUAAAGCUAGAGAAAAUUGGGUGGCAUUUCCUUUGUUUCUACUACUUUCUCCAUAUCUUAUAUCAAUUCCCAAACAUCCAUAACAACAUUCACAAUAUUAUAGACAACAAUCAUUAUUCAUCUACAUUAUCCACAUUUCACAAUUUCACUUCAAUUCCUCCAUAAUCAUGGUCAUGGUUCACUAUUGCGUUUUCUCACAUAUAAUACUUAUCCCAUGUUCUAAAUGUCACUUAUAGCAUACUUAUAAUCACAACAUAUCAAUAUUCAUAAUUCACCCCAAAUUACCACUCGACAAUGACACUAUUUCCACAUUCAUGACCUAUUUUCUAUAUCCUUCUACAAUCCAAGUGUUUUAACUUUUCACACCUUAAACAACAUAGAAUGAUCAUAAAACUCACCUUAGAUAAUGAAAGAAUAAGCCUUGAGUGGAAAUUCUCUUCUUGUACCAAAACCCUAACUCACUUCCCUUGGGAUUUCUUGGCUUAGAUGAACUUUGUUAUGUUUCAUACUGUCACGACCCGACCAGGGGCCGCGACGGGUACCCGGGGCUAACCACCGAGCACCCUCCGUUUUACUGCUUAUCACUACCAUUUAAUGCUUUUAUCAAUAUUACACUCGAGUUACAAGAAAAUCAUCUUUCCUUCGAAGAUAUAAAUACUUUUAUAUGCACAAGCCUUUUGGUCAUUGAAAUAAUAUAUACAUACAUAUACAUACAUACAUACAUAUAUAUAUAUAUAUAUAUAUAUAUAUAACAACCUCGUGAGACCAUACCACCUACACUGCAUAUCUACGAUCCUCUACUAGAGUACUAGACAUAUGGACGGGAUGGACCCCGUCGUGCCCAAAACAUACAUGUACAUAAAAGGAAAACCACAAGCACCUUCGGAACAAUGGAGUGCUCUCAACAGCUAACAGCCCCUACGAGUUUGGAGCAGGAUCACCUCCCUGUCUACCUGUGGGCAUGAACGCAGCGUCCAAAGAAAACAGACGUCAGUACGAAUAUUGUACUGAGUAAUGACUGUCACAUAGAAAAGGAGUGAUGCAUGCUGGCUUACUCAUAAUCAUCAUCAUAUCAUAAAUGCAUAAAUAUAUAAGCUGCCCGUCCAUGUCGGAUCGGUGUGAUAAUCAUUAGCCCGUGUCCAGGCCUCCCGCGUCCGGGGAAUCAUCUCCUGCCGCUCACUAGUGGUGUCUGCCCAUGUCAUCUGGCCAUGGUGUAUAGCUGCCCGCCUUAGUGGUGACUGCCCGACCAAGUAGGUGCGGUGUUAUAUCAUCAUCAUAAUAUACAUAUCAUAGUGCAUGCAUAAGGACUCAAAGACAACUAUGCUUUAUCGGGGUGACGUAUGGUCGUGAUCCCCCGAUUCCAUUAUGGAGCACUCAUUAACAUCCUGCCUCACCUUGAAGGGAAUAGUAUAUGAGGUGAGAGUAAGCAAUAAUGACAUCAUAUCAUGAACACCUAGAACUCCUAUGCUCUAACUCAUUACCUUGUGUAGCUAAUUAGGGAUGUCCGCUCGUAUCUUUUCGGAACUUAAGAGAUUCAUGGAGAAGAAAGAAAGUCAUAUUAUAGGAUUCAUGCCAUAGAAGGAAAGGACUAGCCUUACAUACCUUUGACGUUUAACUAAGCUAUCGCUUGCUUGUUCUCCUUCGAUAUCACGUUUCUACCUUCAAGAGAGAAUUCGCACUAACGAUAGUUAAUCGACUAUAAGAACGCGCUACUAUUUCUCGGGAAAAUUGGGCAGCACUUCCUUUAUUUAUACUACUCUUCCCACAUUCUAUAUCAACUCCCAACGUUAAUAACAACAUCCACAAUAUAGCAAUAACAAUCAUCAUUUAUCUACAUUUACCACAAUUCACCAUUCCUCUUAGAUUUCUCCACAAUUAUGAUUAUAAUUCGUUAUCGCGUUUUCUCAUAUAUAAUACUUAUUCCAUGGUCUAAAUGUCACUUACAACAUAUUCACAAUCACAUCAUACCAACAUUCAUAAUUUAUUCUAAUCACUAUUCACACAUUCAUGACCCAAUUUCUAUGUCUUUUCACAAUUCAAGUGUUUCAACUUUCAACCACUCAAACCAUAUAAAAGGGUCAUAAAACUCACCUUAGAGUGGAACUUCUCUUCUUGCAUCAAAACCCUAACUCAUUCUUCUUGAGUUUUCUUGGCUUAGAUGAACUUUUAAUGAGUUUCAUAAACUUGAUUUCAUGGAUUUGGUGUAGUUGACCAUGGUUUUCCUUUGAUUUCUUGUGGAUGAAUGGUGGAGAAGGUUCUAGAGAGUUCUUGGAGAGAAGAGAGUGGAAGAUGAAAUAAAAUAAAAUGGAGGAGGGGUCUUAUAUUAAUUCAUGAAAUCAGUCCCAUCCGAGAUGUACGGUGCGAUCGACGGAGCGUCGAUUGGAUCGACGGGGCGUCGAUCCGACCGUCGAAACCAUUAAAUUUCCAGUGAGCAAUCUGUCAUUUCUCCUCAUUCGACGGUGAGAAGGACGAUCCGUCGAACUGAUCGACGGAGCGUCGACCUGUUCGUCGAAUGGCUUCGCUCCAGCUUAACUUUUACGACAAAAUCGACGGGGCGUCGUCUUGUUCGACGGUACAAGGAACGAUCGUCGAACCCCCUUUUUGCUGAACUGCGGUGAAGUUUCAUUUAACGAGCUUUUCUCCCUUGCCUUUAACUUCUUUGAAAUCUUAACUAGGAUUAUGAAGUAUCCCUUCUUACUUGUAGGGACAUCAUGCUCGUCUUAACUUCCGUUAGUUCCUUCGCCGCUUCGCAACCCAAAGUUCCGAGGUAUAACACAUACACUUGAUUUUGUGGGUUUGAUGAAGUUGAUCUUGAAUCUUUCUUGAGUUCUUGUGGAUGAAGAGUAGAGGGUUUUCUAGAGUGUUCUUGAAGUGAGAGGUGAAAAUGAAAUGAAAUAAAUGAACUUGGUUCCUCUUAUAUAAAUCAUACAAUCUGUCCCGACAUGAACAUACGGACCAACAUACGGUCCGUACAUUUUAUACAGGCUGUAUGUUUGGUCCAGUGAAGGUUGCCCAUCUGGGCUAAAUAUACGGCUUAACAUACGGCCAGUAUAAUUUAUACGGCCAGUAUGUUGGGCCGUAUAAUGCCCAGCUAUUCCAAUUUCGUUCUCGUCGACUCGUUUGAUCUCCAAUCCUUAUGGAGCCUUCUUGACACUUCUUUAACACCUUAAUACCAAUCUAAGGGGCGUUAUCACUCUUCUCCAAGACAUCAUUACGCCAUCCUUAACUUGUCACUCGUAAUUCUUACCCGACACACAACAUACCCCUUGCUUUCCUCGACAACCUUCUUCCCUCACCUCAGAUUGUCUUUAAAAUUUCGAUUAGGAUCGUCAAAUGCUAUUUCUUACUUAUCAAAACAUUGUAUGCGUCGUGCCCUUCGUUAGUCUAUUCACUGUACGUUAACGGAAAAUUUCCAAGGUGUAACAAUUUCUCUUUCAGAUGUAAAAGUUACGUGAUAUGCUUUUCAAUGAUAAAAUAAAAAAAGAGACCUGAAAUAAUGUAUUAAGUUCUUCUAAACUCUAUAAUAACUAUAUGUUUGGGGAAUACAUAUAGUCACCUACAAAGAAGGGGAAUGCAACUUUGUUCUAUUUGCCACUUAUGUGGGAAAAAUGCAGAAACAGAUAGUCAUCUUUUCAUGCACUGUAAGUGACUGCACAACUAUGGGACAUCUUCCUAGCAUGCCAAUGAAUACACCGAUAUCCUGGCACAACAGCUCAAAAGGAAGAUGGAAUAUGAUCCUGGACAGCAUAUGGUGGAUUAAGGAAAGGAAUCUAAGAUGCUUUGGAGGCAAACACAACCCAGUCCAAGAGAUAAAACUUAGUUGUAUUUUGCUUUCUCAUUUUUGGUGUAAACAAGAGGACAUAAGAAGACACUGAGUCUCUACUACUAGUCCUAGAGUCUCUAUGGAGCAGUAGAUAUUGUUUAGUCUAGAAUUUUUGCGACAUACUCUCUGUAAAUAUGGUCCUCACAGCCUUUUGUGAUUUUUUUACAAAUUUGUUACCGUAUCAAAAAAUAAAAUAAAAAUAAAAAUAAAAACUACAAG